AUGUAUAAUAAUCAAGAAUUUGGAAAGCAAAGUAGAAGACAAUCAUUGAAUUCUGAUCUCAUGCAAAUGCAUAAGUUAUCACAAAAUAAUAAAACAUUUACUGAUUCAUUUUCGGUUUCACUUCAUUAAUCAAAGUCAACCUUUAACAAAAAGAAUAUUUCAAAAUUAGACUUGUAACAUAACAAUUAAAUCAAAAAUAGAGACAUUCCAUUUAGAGAUCUCAAACACAAAGCCAUUAACUCCAAACCAAAAACAGAAGUCACCAGAAAGAGGUUUUCGUUUAAUCAAAAAGGCAAAAUCAAGAAUUUUAUAGAUGCGAUUGAUGACUACAUAGAACAAUUAAAUGAGAGUUCAGAUAGCUAUACAAUAACAUCAGAUUCACAAAGUAAAUUAGAAAAUAUGUUAUUCCUUAAAUUUAAUAUUAUACAAAAAAAGUAGGAACAAUUAAAAAUUAAAUACAAAAAAUUGCAAUAAUCCAACAAGAUUGAAAGAUAUGAGAAUCAAACUCUAAAAAAUCAAUUAUUUGGUUUACAUCAUCAAUUGGAAGAAGAGAAAAGGAAGAAUUAUCUAUAACAAUUAGAUUUAGAGAAGUAAGAGUAAAAAAAUAAGGAAUUAAAAUUGAGAUAUCAAUAUUUAUCGAAUUCUUAUCUUAGAGAGAAAUUGAAAUAGGAAAAUUAAAAGUUAAAAAUACUAAAGCAACAUUGUACAAUUAUAUUGUUAUAAUUAGCUUUAAGAUACAAGUUAAUCUAGCUAAAUUUUGGAUGA